CAAAACCUGCAGUACAGGUGAUGAUAAAUGGGGAUGGAAGUGGGACAUGAUACCAGAAGCACUGAGAACUUAUGGACUAGGAGACAUUAGGUUUGGUUAUAUGUGCUAUACGAUACUAGCUGGAAUUUUACUAAUGGAUACCUUUCCAGACCCGGAUAUUUGCUGUAAAUACCUGGAUAAAUGCCAAAUGGAUUUCGUCUCGUUCUUCAUGGAAUGGGUGAAAGUAAGCUUGGAGGGAGUGGAAGUGUCAAAGGAGGUCGCGAAGGUAGCAGAAUCAAGAUAUGGUUUGAUCAAUUCUUUGAGGUUCAGGAUGGUUGAUGGAUCUGUGUUAUCUGAUUUCCCACCUAACCGAAUCAAGGUCUGGACUAAACUAAUAGGAGACUGGCCAACCAUAACUUCUGGAGGUUGCAGGUUCAUGAUACAGGCCAGAUCUAGGUUUCUAAGUCAGAUGGAAGUGUUGAGAAAACUAAAUUUCUCUUGGAGAUUUGGGUUGGUUUUACCAGAGAUUACACAAGAACUGAGGAGCUAUGCAAGGUUUGGAAUAAGCAAGAGGGAGAUAUCAAGGGUUGUCUGGACUGAGGAGGUACCAGACUCACAAGGUUUUGAGUUAAAAAGACCAGAAUCAUUAGUUUCUCCGAUGCUCAUCCUGAACCCAGAGAAGACUACCUGUCCCCAGAUAAUGAAGUUUUGUACCCAGAAUGAACGAGUGCAAAAGUAUGCGAUCUGGGAAUGGUGUAGGAUGAAUCCCAAUUUGAUAGUAAAUUUUAUCCAGAGGAUGGCAAGAGAUAAAGAAUUCCAAACCAACUACAGACCACUGUAUGAUGGAAUCAGGUUGAUCUUCUGGAGGAUUAUGAACAGACCAACAAUCAAGGUACCAUUCAUUGACGAGGAACAAGACCAGUUACUCCGAAGGCAAUUGCUCCGGCAGGAGGCCAUGGUAGAGAAAUCUAGGAUUGAGUAUGAAGCUUAUGUAAAGAGAGCAGAUUAUCUCCGGGAGGUCAUUGGGUGUGAGGAUAAGGUCGAGAGGUCUAGGUGGAGGGAGAAACUUCCUCAGCUCCCAGAGUGGAAGUUACGGAGAAAGAGGAAGAGGGAAUUGAGGAAACAGGAGAUUGAAGAAGGAGAGAGGAAAAUGAAGAAACCCAGAUUAGCUCAGGGGAGAAGGAACAAGGGAGCAGGUGGAGAUACUCAUGGAAGCUCGGAAUCGGAGGAGGAGAAGUCGGAGCCAGAAAUGAAGGAGGCAUACGAAGGAGCAGAUGAGAAGGUUCCAAAGUGCAAAAGGAUCAUCGGAGAGAAGGCAAAGAAGAAGGGCAAGAAGAGGAAAUCCAAGGGAGGAGCUCCUACUGAUCUUAUGAGAAUUAUAGCGAAUACUGUGGAUAUAGAGAACUACGAGUACCCGGGCAAGAAGCUAACUGAGUGAGAUGAAGAGUUUGAAAGAGAAAUGAAGGGAUGUGAUCCAGGAGAUGAGUUUGAACUGGAAACCCAGUUCAACGAGUUGAUCUGAUCUAUCGGAGGAAGAAGGUUGAUAUAUAUAUCGGUUUUGCAGUAAUUAAAAUUUUUUGUACUCAAAGCUCUGUUCUGAUCGGAGGUUAUCCUCAUAUAAAUUGCGUUCCAUGACCUGGAACAUAUAAACAUGAUCAGUUUAUUUUUUUGUUAAUAAAGAAUUAUUUUGGAUGAAUUUUGCCUGAUAUUAUCGGAGUCUGGUCUCCAGAACCAGAGGCCGGCCCGGGAGUGUUUUGUGGAGUUCGGGUUCUGGAUCCAGACUUAAAAUGCUCCGGAGUAAGGUUCAUUGAAUAUUUAAAACCGUACUGGAUCAGGAGAAAUAAAAGAUUGAUAGUAAUCUUAAAACCCGUCCUUGCUCAGGUUUAUGAUUAAAUAUCCUGAAGGUCUAACUGAUACUGGUUCAUAAAUUCCGGUGAUUGUAUAGAUACAUAAUAUGAAUUAACCCUUAAAAGUGUUGUUGAAUGAUUGCUACGUAAUGACGACUUUUACCGACAACUAAGUUUAGUACGCGGUAUAUAUGCGCGCCUUUGUUAAAACCCUCGAGUCAGGGCCGGGUUCAAUCAUUCUAUACAAAGUCAUUAUUCCGAUCCGUUGAAAUGGUUUAAAAUGAAGAUCGGUUUGAGUUAAGAUCGAAGUCUCAUCAGAUAUUGUAGAGAUACUUGAGAAUAAACGCUGCAUAGAACUCUGUCUUCAUUAGUUCAGUUUCUGUUAUAUUCUUCUCUACACGAAGACUUCAAGGUA